AUGGAUAUGGACGAUCUUUCGUCGAUUUUGGCGCUAUUCGAACGCAAUGUGAACAAAUUACAAUCAAAUCUAACUGCUUAUCAAGUUGAAGUGGAUACUGUUCGACGAACACUUGAACAAAGCUGGUCGCAUGUCGGUCGUUCUGAUGGUCGCAUUAUUUCGCUUCACGAUGGUCUUUUGAGCAGCGUGAACGCUGUCAACGAAUAUAUGAUAAAAUUGAAUUUACAUAUAAACUUAAACCGUUCCAUUGACAUUUUAAAGAAUGAGGACACCAAGCCAACAAAGCACUAUAACAAGGAAAACAACACAAACCUAGAUAGCAUUGAACUAGAUGUACACUCGGCUAAUGCUAAGCUGGAUGAUCAGCCCGAAGGAUGCGCCCUACAGCUCAUAACACCAAAGAAUUGUAGUAUAAAAAGCAAUCAAUUUAUGUAUGAUAUGCCAACAUCUUCCACACCUAUUUUUGCUCCAAUUGUGCUGCCCAUUCCACCACGUCAAUCGAAGCUGUUGGCACCAAAAGGCGGCCGGCAAAUGUCAGCCAAUGAAACUUACGAUCAGCUUUACAAGAAUAUAGGCAGCUUUGUGAAAAGCAGCGUGGUUCAGGUUACAGUGAUGCAUCUCAAUAUAGCGGAGAAUUGCAUUUUCGUAGCUAAGUGGGCUGAGGAAUCGAUGCCAGUAAAAAUGUUGCUAGCAGGCCAAAUGACGGUACAGAUGCUGGACCAGUUGCCUAAUUUUGGGGAAGUCUUUGCUGUCUACGAUGCCCAAGAGCGGAUAAUACCACGUGUUGUAAUAAAUUCCCAUGCGGAGGGUGGCGGCUAUGAUGCGUAUUUGCUGGACUAUGGUGAGCAUAUUCACUUGGAUGACGAAGAGGUCAUCUUUGCGAUACCCAACGAAGUGAAGUUGCUCCCAGCUGAGGCUAUCAGAUGCCAUGUUCGCAAUCGUGAAGUUGCCAGCAUGUGCAAGUUUACCUAUAAGAAGGUACAUCUGCGCGUUUUGGUCAACAGUGGCAACGAUCUAGAAGUUGAGUUCUUGGAUGAUGGAUCGCCUGAGAUAAGGACAUCAUCGUCAAAAUCAAUUGAAAAACUGUCCCCAGAAGAUUUGAAAAUGCUAGAGCCGGUUGAUUGCGGCACCAGUAAUGCGCUCAAGGCUGUGCUGGGCUAUAUACCAAAAGACGAUCAACGUAUUUGCCGACAUUACGAUCCAAAGCUCAAAGGCUGCUUCAAAGGAUCUAAUUGUCGUUUGUUACACCAGCCUUUUGCACCACAUGGCGCCACUAAGGAUGUCGAGUUGGUUGAGGCAUUGCCAGAGAGUAUUUAUACAGCUGGCGCUCCUAGAGAGCUGGGUAGUAUCGUACGCGUGCUGGUCACGUAUGUCGAUAGCCCCACCCAAUUGUAUGCGCAGUUCAUAGAUGAGGCGCUGCCCCUGGUGUGGAGCAAGAAAGAUGUGUCCGAGUCGCAGUGCAAUUUUAAACGUUCGCCGCGCCUACUGGACAUGGUGUUGGCGCUUUACAACGAUGAUUGCUACUACCGUGCACAGAUCAUUGAGGAGAUCGAUGGAAUGUUUAAGAUCUUUUAUGUUGACUAUGGUAAUACAGAGUUUGUUACCAUUAGGUCGCUAGCUCAGUGCAGUGAUGACAUUAGCCUAAAGCCGCAUCAGGCCAACAAUUGCUUCAUUGAAGGUGUAAAGUGCAGCUUAAUGGCCACGCAACGACAAAGCAGCGAAUGCGUGGAGUUUCUCAAAAGCAAACUCCUUAACUCAGAGUUUGAUGUCAUGCUGAUUAGCUAUCUGCCCGAUGGAUAUUUGAUCAAGUUUUUGGAUUGUUAUGCUGAUUUGCCCAAACAGAUGAUCAAGCGCGGCUACGUGGAGCCAACCACGGAUAAUUUCGAACACGGCGAAAAUAUAUGAGUUCAGUCAUACCCGUAAUAGCAUUAUUAACAUUAUCAUUUUUGCUGCAUGCCGCAGCAUAUAGCUUAUGUAGAUGACCC